CUGAGCGACCGGACACAGCGUUACGUUAAUGGCCCAUCUUCGUAUCCGUCAAACAGAGAGGCCUCGGCGGAUAAGAUUGGUUGGAUAUAAGGGCCGUCUGACAACUAAAACACAGCGCGGUUCGGGCUUUAUUGAGCCUGCGCUAACAGAAAAAGAGGAGGUUCCCGAAUAGAGUCCUUUAUUUAUUUCUUUGUUUCCAGUGUGGGGGGGAUAAUAACAGCGACAUACACCACAGGCACUUCAUUUAUUAUCUUUGUCCGUAUACACAAGAAAACUGGAUAAGAUUACAGCGGUUACUCGAAGGCCCAAGCCAAGAGGAGGAGGAUGAAGCGGCGCAAUGCGGACUGCAGCAAACUCCGACGGCCGUUAAAACGGAACCGAAUCACCGAGGGUAUAUACGGCAGUACCUUCCUGUACCUGAAGUUCCUGGUGGUGUGGGCACUGGUGCUACUGGCAGACUUUGUGUUGGAGUUUAGGUUUGAGUACCUCUGGCCAUUCUGGCUCUUCAUCCGGAGUGUGUACGACUCCUUUAGAUACCAGGGGCUGGCCUUCUCAGUAUUUUUUGUGUGUGUGGCGUUUACCUCGGACAUCAUUUGCCUCCUCUUCAUCCCUGUACAAUGGCUGUUCUUCGCUGCCAGUACCUAUGUGUGGGUGCAGUACGUCUGGCACACAGAGAGAGGCGUCUGUCUGCCCACCGUGUCUCUGUGGAUCCUCUUCGUGUACAUAGAGGCAGCCAUCAGAUUCAAAGACCUGAAGAACUUCCACGUGGACCUGUGUCGUCCUUUUGCCGCACACUGCAUUGGUUACCCAGUGGUCACGCUGGGCUUCGGCUUUAAGAGCUACGUAAGCUACAAGAUGCGCCUCCGGAAGCAGAAGGAGGUGCAGAAAGAGAACGAGUUUUACAUGCAGCUCCUGCAGCAGGCUCUGCCUCCAGAGCAACAGAUGCUUCAGAGGCAAGAGCGAGAAGCAGAGGAAGCAGCAGCAGCAGCAGCAGCUAAAGGAAUAUCUGAAGUGGACACACCUCCAGUGUCACAGAAUGGCGCACCCGCCAAUAAAAAGACAUCGGCACCACUGCCGGAGCUAGAGUAUAGAGAAAAAGGGAAAGAUGGAAAAGGUGGUGGGGAGGCUAAAAAACAGCACAACAGCAACAGCAUCCUGCCGUCAUCAGUGGACUCUAAACUCCAGGAGAUGGAGUAUAUGGAGAACCAUAUGAACAACAAGAGACUGACCACAGAGCUGGGCAGCACAGAGAACCUGUUGCUUAAAGAGGACAAUAAUUCCUCCUGCUCCUCCUCAUCCUCCUCCUCCUCCAAAAACUACAAAAAUGCUAGCAGCAAUGCCGCGACACUCAACUCCUCGCCCCGCGGCCACAGCGCCACCAAUGGCAGUGUGCCCUCCUCUAACUCAUCCUCCUCCUCCAUGGCGAAGAACGAGAAGAAGCACAAGUUAGCAGUGAAGGGGACAUCAGGUGGCUCACACAGGGAUCCCACAGACAACUGUAUCCCCAACAACCAGCUGAGCAAGCCAGAAGCACUUGUUAGAUUGGAGCAGGACGUUAAGAAGUUGAAGGCGGACCUGCAGGCCAGCCGGCAGGUGGAGCAGGACUUGCGCAGCCAGAUCGGCUCGCUGGGCACUGCUGAGCGCUCCGUACGCACCGAGCUGAGCCAACUGCGCCAGGAGAACGAACUGCUGCAGAACAAGCUUCAUAAUGCUGUGCAAGCAAAGCAAAAGGACAAACAGGCAGUUGGCCAACUGGAGAAGAGGCUCAAAGCCGAGCAGGAGGCCCGUGCCAUCGCCGAGAAACAGCUCGCAGACGAAAAGAAGCGCAAGAAGCUGGAGGAGGCCACAGCAGCCAGAGCAGUAGCACUUGCAGCAGCAUCCAGAGGGGAGUGCACAGACACGCUGCGGCGGCGGAUAACUGAAUUAGAAACAGAGUGUAAGAAAUUAACAAUGGACAAUAAGCUCAAGGAGGACCAGAUCCGAGAGCUUGACUUGAAAGUUCAGGAGCUUCAUAAAUACAAGGAGAAUGAAAAAGACACAGAGGUGCUGAUGUCAGCGCUGUCAGCCAUGCAGGACAAGACCCAGCACCUGGAGAACAGCCUGAGCGCAGACACCAGGAUCAAACUGGAUCUGUUCUCUGCGCUGGGAGAUGCCAAGAGACAACUGGAGAUUGCACAAGGUCAGAUCCUUCAGAAGGACCAGGAGAUAAAAGACCUGAAGCAGAAGAUAGCCGAAGUGAUGGCCGUCAUGCCUAGCAUUUCCUACACAGCCGACACCAGCAGCAUGAACCCCGUGGCCCCCCACUACUCUUCCAAGUUCAUGGACACCAAUCCCUCCGGCCUAGACCCCAACGCCUCCGUUUACCAGCCACUGAAAAAGUGAACGCUUUCGUCCCAUCCCUCCCAUCUCCACCCUCCUCCCCAAAUCAUUUUUACACCCCACCCACCACCACCUGCAGGCCCACCACCUUCCAAUCUGCUCGGCAUGUCUGCGGCUGAGAACGUUGUUUUUUUUCUUGGGUUUUUUCGUUUUCUCCUCGCCAGGUCAGAAGGAUGUUGUAUCGUGUGACUGUAUUUGUUGUAGUUAAAACAAAAGACAAAAAAAAAAAAAAAAAAAACUUAAACGGACAUCACAUGUCAACUAGGAAGUCCCCAGUUUUUUUUUCUUUUUUUUUUUCUCAUAAGUGUCUAGUGAAACCUCACAGAUUCGGGUAUGUAUCUUCAUCUCUAGGGUGUUGCUCUACAUUUUUCCCACCAACACUGCAACUACCUGCAUCCAGUCACCUGCUCUUUGGUCCUGGGGAAUAACUGCUUUAUUGUUUAGGUUGAUUUUUUUUUUCCCCUCCUAAAAAUUUUUGAAAAACAAGAGUUCUCCUUUAUCUCAUACAGCCUGACUUGGAUCCCAAUUUAUUGGACGGAUUGUUUUUUUUUCUCCCGAGAUAGCGUGUCAACUUCUGUACAACCAGAGGAAUGUAGUGCGAAGUUAGCACAGACUCUCUCGCCCCUUGUAUUUAAUUUAUUCUUUUAAUCCACAAUCAGACGCCAAAUUAACCCCUGCUCUUAAGCUUGCGUCUUUUAUUUUAAAAAUGUGGUCAUGUGGUUCUAUUCGUUUUGCUCUCGAAGCGUCAAGUGUUUAUUUCAACAAGCUGGAAGCGCUGAUUACAACAAGUUGGGGGGAAAAGUUCUUUUGAUGUAAGCAGAAGCAGACCUUUUAAAUAAGUCAGCUGAGUAAAUGAAACCCAGGCAGCAGCAGCAGCAGUAGUGAAAACAGCAGUUUGCCACCACCACCACCCUCACUUAAUUUUCUGAAAGAGCUUUUGAGUUGAAUGACUGCAGUAAAAAAAAAGAAGAAGCCUGUGUCAAAGUGUACAGCUCUUCUUCUGCGUAGUCUCUCAUUGGUCGUCAUGAUCACAGUGCCUUGAGUUGAGGACAUAGAGCGAGUUUGAUAAUGAGAUACGACCCAACCCUUCUGAAUGAGCUGCGAAGCAUCUGGCUAAGCUUGAAAGGACAAGAAUUUGACCCCACCCUGCGUAGUGGAACAAAGUUUUGCCCUCGGAUGCUGAUUUGGCUUUCGGACUCCCUACUGAUGUCCAGUCCGGUGGGGAAGAUGAAGCACUUGAGGGCAGCUUUUGUCCAUUUUAUACUUGUCACAUUUAACAGAUACACAGGACAGCACCAAAUCCAAUUGCCAAUAGUCAGUAUGUGGAGAUGAUGUUAACCACCGCAGAGUCUACUACACACAGGUUUUCCGGCUCAUCACAUGUCUGCUCAUCUCUACCGCUGUUAAAAUCCAAAUACCCUCAGUUUAGCUGCUGCCACCUUUUUUUUUUCUUCUCUUCUGAGUUCAAAGUUGCACUGUAGGAAACAGAUGCUGUUUUUUGAAAAGGGAAACAAAAUGUAAAGAUGGAACUGUGCAAUGUAAACAAGACAAAUCUUUGGAAUGCUAACUCUUUAAUAUUGCAUUGAAAAUAAUUGUAUUUAAUUGAUCCUCCAGUUUCAGUUCACGUGCCAAGAAACAGAGCGCUUGUUUCUCCGAGAUGUGAUCAAGAAUGUACCGCAGAUACGUUUGGCCGACAAGUUCGUCAGAUAUCCGGUUGAUUAUCACUUUUAAUGGAAGUUUGUGUUAAGCAGGAAGAGAAAGUGGUCACCUGUUUGAAGUAGACUGAGCAGUUAAAAAGUAAGGGACUAGAAUAAUCCAGUUUCUUUUUGUGAAUGUUACAGUAUUUGCAACUGUCGGGCAAGUGGCUGUUUAAAAAAAAAAAAAAAGUUUUCUUUAUUCCUGUUUCUGGUGUUAUCGUUAUUUUCCUGCAGGGAGGAAAAAUCGCUUGAGUCCGAUGUGGUUCUACCAUCAUCUGAAAUGGUCAUUGUUGUGCGUGUGGUUUUCACCUUCUGUAUAUGGAGAAGCUUUUUUUUUUUUUUUGUUGCUCGAUUGCUGUCAUUGGCUCCUGGGGGGGACGAAUGUUGUGUAAAUUACAGUUCAGCCACUUGUUUGGUCAACGGAUUGUUGAAAGUAUAGAAAAGUGUUUGUUUUUUUUGUUUGUUUUUUUGUUUUGUUUUGUUUUCUAUGCCCACAGUCACUGCUCUGUUUCUCCCCAGGUCUGACCUUGGCUGCGCUCUCGCUCUGUGAGGUUUACAAGAAAUAAACAUU